UACUCUGUGUCCUCACGUUCUGUUCAAAGAACAGCAGGUAGUUAUAAAAAAUGUUUUGGGGGGCAUUCUGGUGCUGGCGUGGCUCCAAGAAGGCCAUUCAAGCCAGCACUCUUCCACCUGCUCCUUAGAGAAGGGAAGAUGAGUGAGUCGAGCUCGAAGCGCAGCCAGCCCUUGGCCUCCAGGCAGGAAAUGGACAGCACUGAGAAGUCGGGCAGGGGCAGGCCCCGCAAGCAGCCUCUGGUGAGUCCCAGGAUAGCACUGGUAGGGAGUCAGAAGGAGCCCAGUAAAGUGCCAACACCUAAGAGACCUUGGGGCCAACCAAAGGGAAGCAAAAACAAGGGAGCUGCCAAGACACGGAAAACCACCACUACUCCAGGAAGGAAACCAAGCGGCAGACCCAAAAAACUGGAGAAGGAAGAAGAGGGGGGCAUCUCGCAGGAGUCCUCGCAGAAGGAGCAGUGAC